GGAUUAUCCGUUAAACCUCCUCUCCCCUUUUUACAUCUCUUUCUCUAUCGCGAACCCAUUCUCGAGAAGAAAUCUAGUAGCUUUCAAACGAUUCCACCGAAAGAUCUACAUCAAUUUCUUCCGUCUUUCGCUCCUCCACAAACCCUAGGGAAGAGACAAAAGGAUGCGCGAAAAUGAAGUUUGAUUUCACUCUUCAAUCCUGAUCUGUUUUGUAGGAGGUAAUAAAGAGAAAGAAAUAUGUCGAGGCCGAUCAUGCUUGUGUUCCUUCUGGUUAUACUUAUAGUCACUUCUCAGUUUGAAUGGAGGCAACCGCUUCUUGAGCUUGAUGCUGCUCCUAGCUUGUCUCAGAAACAUCAGCAGAUUGCAAAGAGGGAAGAAGCUGUCAAAGAGAAGAUCAUCUUGUCGCAAGAGAGACACAUCCAGAGGCUAAAUGAGCUGGUACGAACUCUUCAAAUGCAGUUAAUGCGUUGCAAAGGACAAGAGAACGAGACAAGAAACGCCACUGAAACCUCCCGUCUCAGCAAACAGUUCAUUGAGCUAGAGAGGAAACACAUUGUGGAAGACUAGUCUUCAUCCAUCCUUUACAACAACUCUAAUAAAUAACAUGAAUGGUACACGUUAAAGCUGUAUGGAAAAAAUACUGAAAAAUUCCUCGUUAAUCUCCAAACUGUUGUAUUUUAUUUCUGUUGUUUGUUAAAAUCUUGCUGAUGAAUUUGAUUAGAAGGAUUCCUUUAUUUAUGAUGAAGGUUGAGAUAUUCAAACUGUAAUGAAAUUUGAGAAUUAGGUUAUCUUUUAUAUAUUCAA